CAUAUCUUCUUUAAAAACUGAUCUCGGUCGCGAAGAGCAUUCAGUCGUCGUUGUAUCUCCCUGCUGCUACGUUACUGUCAAAUCUUCUAUUGCGUACUUGUUGCCAGAUUUAGGAUUGUUUGACUUGGCAAGAUGAAUCCAGACAGCGUUCAUUAUAAAAUAUUUCUUUGUGCUGCCGGUUAUGAACCAGAAAUUCGAAGGAUAACCGUUGAUAAAGAUAUAUGCCACAAUUAUUUUUAUCUAAAACAGAAAAUUCUAGCUAUCUUUCCAACUCUUAAAGAUGUUGCUUUCACUAUAUCAUGGAAAGAUACUGAAGGUGAUAACAUAAGAAUUUGUACUGACGAUGAACUGGUUAUCGCAUUGAAAGAAAUGGAAUCCCAUGCUUUCAAGAAAAUUUAUGUCAAUGCAACUCCACAAGGAAAGGAGGGUCCAGCCCAUCCAGAUGUAAUCUGUGACGGUUGCGAGCAUCCUUUGCAAGGCUUCAGGUACAAAUGCCUGGUCUGCUAUGACUACGAUCUCUGCCCAGAUUGCGAGAGAUCACAAAUGCAUCCCGAUCAUCCAAUGAUUAGAAUCCCUCUACCGUUAUCUUCAGAAAUGCCGUUUGGAAGGAGAUUCGCCAGAGAUAUUGCUAAAAUGGGUAAGCAUCUAGAAAGGUUACUACAUCAGACGUCAGACCAUGUGGGUGACAAGAAGGCCAAAGGGGAUUAUUCAAACGCUACCAGAUGUGGAUCGAAUGAUAAUAGGAAACAGCAUAAAAUGAAGUUCUGCCAUCACAGUAACGACAUGCAAAAUUUUCUUCACAAUCUUGUGUAUAGUCAACUCGAGAAGAUGCGUGGUUCAUCAAGCGGUGAUAACAAUGCAACAUCUGAUAAACCACAACCGGAUAAUUCACAGCCUCAGGCUUCGUCGAGCAGUGAUGGUUAUCCAAUCUUCGAAGAGCAGAAGAAAUUUGUUAACAUACUGACGAAUGGGCUAAAUUCUUUCUUAGACCCUUUAGGAAUUGAUAUCGUUGUUGAAGAAGACCCAGUGAAGGAGGAGAGUCCUCAGAAGCGCCCUCCGUCGAACCAGUCUGAAAAUAAUUCCGGAGCAGAUAGUGGUGUUUCCACCUCGCAGGCUACUUCGAGUUCCACCCCAGCCCCGAUUGUUAACCAGCCAGUUUCCUCCUCAUCCAGAGUUCAACCUCAACCAUCAGUGUCUAUCGGUGUUCAACCUUCGACAUUCACCAUUGGUGUUCCACCACCGUCAACGAUGAUUGGAUCUCAAUCUUCUGCGACUGUCGGAGCUCAAGCUUCUUCGACUGUUGGAGCUCAAGCUUCUGCGACUGUUGGAGCUCAAGCUUCUCCGUCUAUAGGAUUCCAACUUCCUGCUGCUAUCGGUGUUCCACCACCUGCAACAAUUGCACCACCAGCAGCAAUCGGUGUCCAACCUCCUCCAAGAAUGACUGUUGGACCCCAAGUUCCAGUUUCAAGCUCAGCGGUGCCUGUUAUGAUUCCUACUCCAGUUGUGCCUCAGGCAAAUCCGACACCACAAUCACAAUUUUCACCACAAGCUUCUCCUGCGCAGUCAUCAUAUCAAGAAGAAAUUCCUGUCUUAGAUAGUUCAUGGACUAUUGUCAACGAUGGAAUGGGAGAAUCAAUGCUGAUCCCGACACCUGCACCCGCGCCGCAGCCUGUGGCAUCGCCACCUCAGCCUGUAGCAUCUUCAUCUCAGCCGGUAGCAUCGCCUGCCCAGAGUACUCAGGAAACCGAGCGAAUUUAUCCUCAAUUAUAUACACCUGCACAAUUGACUACUGAAGAAGCAUUAAAUAUCAUGGAGCAGCUUGGUUUUAAAAAUGAAGAAUGGUUGCGCCAACUUAUUGAAAAUAAGAAAGGCAACAUACAAGAGGUGUUGAAUUUCCUCUCUCCGAUUCCUAAACCAAAGCCAUCCACUUAUCUCCAAUAAUUAUGCCUCAUAUAGUCUCAUUGCAUAAUAAAUACCUAAUUUUUUAUAUAUAUUUUUACUUUAUGGUUUAUAUAAUAACAGUGGGAAUUGAGUUUAUAUAAUAUAUAGUUGGGCUUUUUAUUAUCUGUUAUUAGGUCUCAAUAUGUAUAAGUACUUUAUGUAUGUUUGACUUAUAUACAUGUAUAAUUUUGUUUAUUAUGUUAUCAAUUUGCAAUAUUGUUGUUCUUGUUUAGUUGAUGUAUGAUUACCAAGUUCGAUUCGAAGCUGUGUUUGGCUGUGUUUCAAAUUAUUAUUUGGGUGGUUUAUUUUUUAAUAAAGAUUAGUUUUUAGUUUCAAUGACAAUUGUAGUUGACUACAUAAUGUUUAGUAUUUUCUUUAUGGUAUAUGCGUAUACUGCUGUAUUAUUAAAUGUUACAUUAUUUUCUAGAAUUUAUAAAUAGUUAAAAUUCUAGUGUAUUACUUAUCUGUUUGAUUAUUCAUAGAUAAUGUAUCCAAAUGUUAUUUGUAAUUAGAUACAAUAAAUGUUUAACAAAUG